AUGGUAGGUUCUCCCAGUAAAGGCCUGGGAGCCCGGCGCCUGCUGCUUUUGCUGCUGCUCUUCGCAACCCGGGAGGCGGUGAGCGGCCCGGUCCACUACUUGGUCCCCGAGAAGGCUAAACACGGCACUUCCGUGGGCCGCAUCGCCCAGGAUUUGGGGCUGGAGCUGGCGGCGCUGGUGCCGCGCCUGCUCCAGGUGGCGUCCAAAGGCUGCGGGGACCUUCUGGAGGUAAAUGUGCAGAACGCUAUUUUGUUUGUGAAUUCUCGGAUCGACCGCGAGGAGCUGUUGACGGAGCGAGGUGUGCACCUGGAGGUGAUCGUGGACAAGCCGCUGCAGGUUUUCCAUGUGGAGGUGGAGGUGAAGAACGUUAACGAUAACCCGCCUGUGUUCCUGGGAUCAUAAAAAAUAGUGUCCAUUUUAGAAUCUAGGCAGCCUGAUUCUCGGGUUCCACUAGAGGGCGCUACUGACGCGGACAUCGGCGCCAAUGCUUUGCUAACUUACAGGCUCUCUCCCAGUGAUUAUUUUUCAAUGAAAGUAAUUUCGAAAAACCAUCAGAAUAAAUUGUUAGUACUCGUAUUAAAGAAAUCAUUAGACAGAGAAGAAAUUCGUGAGCACUCCUUGUCACUAGCAGCCACAGACGGAGGCAAACCUGAACUCACAGGCAGCGUUAAACUGCUUAUCAGGGUACUAGACGUCAACGACAAUGCUCCUGAGUUUGAACAAUCAGUGUAUGAAGUAAGUCUUCGGGAAAAUGCCAUAAAUUGGACGUCUGUGAUAAAGUUAAAUGCUUCACAUGUGGAUGAAGGUUCCAACCAAGAGGUUACCUACCACUUUAGUAGUAAUAUUUAUUUCAUGAUACCAGAAAUAUUCACCAUCAUUUUAAAUACUGGAGAAAUACGACUAGAAGGGAAUUUAGAUUAUGAAGAAAUUACCUCUUAUGAAAUCCUAGUGGAAGCAGCAGAUAAGGAGAUUCCGCAAAUGAGAGGGCACCACACAGUCCUAGUAAAAGUCCUGGAUAUCAAUGAUAAUGUUCCUGAAGUAUCAGUAACUUCGCUGUCUUUGCCAGUCAGAGAGGACGCUCCACUUAGCACCGUCAUUGCCCUGCUCAGCGUGUCCAACCGCGACUACAGUGCCAACGGACAGGUGGCUUGCACCCUGAUGCCCGAUGUCGCCUUCAAGCUGGUGCCCACAUUCAAGAAUUACUACUUGCUAGUGCUGGACAGCUCACUGGACCGCGAAAACGUGUCUGCCUAUGCUCUCCUGGUGACAGCACGGGACCGGGGCUCGCCAUCCCUAUCGGCCAUAGCCAGCGUGUCUGUGGAGGUGGCCGACAUGAAUGAAAACGCGCCCGCGUUCGAGCAGCCUGAGUACAUAGCGUUCGUAAAGGAGAACAACCCGCCGGGCUGCCUCAUCUUAGUGUCAGCGCGUGACGCGGACGCGCAGGAGUACGCGCUGGUGUCCUACUCGCUGGUGGAGCGGCUGGUGGGCGAGCGCGCGCUUUUGAGCUACGCGUCGGUGCACGCCGAGAGCGGCAAGGUGUACGCGUUGCAGCCUCUGGACCACGAGGAGCUGCAGCUGCUGUAGUUCCAGGUGAGUGCGCGCGACGCGGGCUUCCCGCCUCUGGGCAGCAACGUGACUCCGCAGGCGUUCGUGCUGGACGAGAACGACAACGCGCAGACGCUGCUGCCGCCUCGGGCGGGCGGCGCGGUGAGCGCGCUGGUGCCGCUGUCGGUGGGUGCUGGCCACGUGGUGGCGAAGGUGCGCGCGGUGGACGCCAACUCGGGCUACAACGCAUGGCUGUCGUAUGAACUGCAGCCGGCGGGGGACGGCACGCGCAUCCCCUUCCGCGUGAGUCUGUACACGGGUGAGGUGAGCACGACGCGCCCCUUGGACCCAGCGGAAGCGCCACGCCAGCGCCUGCUGCUGCUGGUGAGGGAUCACGGCGAGCCGCCGCUGGUGGCCACAGCCACCGUACUGGUGUCGCUGGAGAGCGGCCAAGCGCUGAAGACGUCGUGGCGGGUGUCGUCGGGCCCCGCGGGCCCGGAGGCGACGCUGGUGGAUGUCAACGUGUACCUGAUAAUCGCCAUCUGCUCAGUAUCCGGGCGGCAGAGGGUGUGCUCUGGGGAGGGGCCGCCCAAGACCGACCUCAUGGCCUUCAGCCGCCUACCUCCGGAUCUGAACGUGGCAGAAAGAAAUGAACAUCCAGAAGCAAAUUCGUGUCUUUCCGGUAAUGUAAGUCCAACUUUGGAGCUUUAACUUAUCUGACAAUAUUUUCAAAUGUCACUUAAAGAAUUUAUUCAAGAUGUUCGCUAAUGUUGAACCAAAUCUUGCCAUUUAAUGUAGCUAUUCUCUUACUUGAAGCUGUGUCUUGAAUGGAAUUUAAAAACAAAAAAAGUAGGGACAAACUGUCAUGCUCCUUGAUUGAAUGGUAAGAUAACUUAAAAUAUGUAUACUUAAAUACUAUGUAGUGCUGUUCAUAUUUAACACAGGAUCUCAAAGUGGUCAAGUACUGAAUGUGGUCAGAAUAGAGAUGUUGUUACCUAUAUAAAAAACAAAACAAAAACAAACUCGU